UGCACUAGCUCAGCGGCCAUUGAUGCGCUUCAUCUCUAAACGGACACACCGGUUAUUUCUUCCAAAUUUGCGGUUUUGUGCGGACUGGAGCCAUGGUUUCUCACUCUCUCGCCCUGCCGAUGAUCUGCUUCACCACGUUGUGGGCUCUGGUGGGCGGCGUGGCUCCGUUUUUAGUGCCCAAAGGACCCAACCGAGGUGUGAUCGUCACCAGUCUCAUCCUCACGGCGAUCUGCUGUUACCUGUUUUGGUUAGUGGCCAUUUUGGCUCAAGCCAACCCUCUGUUUGGCCCUCAGCUGAAAAAUGAAACUAUAUGGUAUCUGCGCUACUUCUGGGAGUAAGCAAGGACUGUGCGACGUGAUCAUCGUUCCUGUCCUGUGGUUGGCUGGACUUUUAUUUCAGCAUAACUCCUAAACAUGAAGCAUUCCCACACACACAAUCUGAAGCCGAAAAAAGCUUAAAAGUCAGUUUUCUUUGCAGCCUUUAUGCACAGUAUCUGCGAUUUAACAUUUAAAGUGAGGUUUUAAUGAAUAAUAGUUCAUCUUGUGACCUUAGUACAACACAGUCUGAAGUCUGCAGGAUUUUUGAACAAAUGAAAAAAAAUUAGGAAAGCAUUGAGUGUUUUUCGUGUGUGUGAAAGAUUUCCAGUGAAAUCAUCUGUUAGGAGUAGACGUUAAUCUUCCUCCCCUAAAAUGUGCAAUCUUUAGUUUACUUUUUGUUUGUUUACAUUCUGUGUCUCCGCCAUCAGGGAACAUGAAUUUUUAAGUAUUUGUAUUUAUUUGGCCCGCGGACACUGAUGUAAGCGCGUUGUGAUUACCUCAGUGUCCGCACGGUCUUGUUAUAUAACUGUUAUUAUGUGUGAUGUAAUGGUGUGUGCGUGCGUGCGUGUGUGCGUGUGUGUGUAAGAAGAGUUCAUUACUGUGAGUGCUUGGACCACGGCCAUGAGAAUCUCCCGAAACCAUAAAAGUGAAGAGCGAUUCCCUCCACUUUAGACCACUUCAGCAUGAAACUCCCUCCCACACUCCCCUCAUGCUCGACACCGCGGAGGUUCUCGUUGCCAUGGUGAUCUCAUCGCCCAAUUCAGUCCCUUUCCACUCGACCCCUUUUGAUGAAAUCCUGCCCGUUCUUGCCUGCUUGUGUACAGAUGUACUGUAGGGACAUGUCUUUGGAUCGAAGGCUGCUGGUAGACGCUGAUAGAUUUGGUGAUAAUAUCCACUAUCUCGAAAUCUUUUAAUCCUCAUUCCCCCCCGAAAAAAAAAUCCUUCUCAAGUACUUUUCUUUAUAGUCAGCCUUUACAGCAAAUUCCUCAGUUAAACUUCAGCCAGUGCAUUUUUUCAGGGUGAGGAACUCUUUAAGGCAGAGUGACCCCGCACAUCUUUUCAGCAGCAGAGACGAAGCUGCUUUUGGAGUGAAUUCACAGCAAAUUCAACAUUGGUGGCAAAAAAGGCACUCCUUUCAUUCGUUUGAAUGUGCAGCUGCUUUUUAGUGCAGCAGCAGUGAAAAGUUAAAAUAGAUUAAACUUUUGGAGGAUUGCAAACCAACAUCACACCCUUUUUACACACAGAAAUCACGCUACGGUGUCCCUUUUUUUAUGCUCCUUUGCAUUGUUAUGCAAAACCAAACAGCAUGCUGCUCCAGUGUGUGAUUUAAGACAGCAUGCCGGCGUCGCAGAAUCAAAAGGGCCAUGACAGGUGUUAAGUUUCACAUAACAUCAUCUGAAUCUAGCCUGACUUAUAACAUCAGCAUUGGCAGCCCUUUCUAAACAACAAUAAUGACAAUAGGGCUGGGCGAUAUGGCAUUAAAAUAAUAUCGCAGUAUUUUUAGGCUAUCGCGAUGCACAAUGUAUAUUUUAGGAUCUCCUUUAAACUAAUGUAAACUUCUCAAACACAAAAUUAUUAAUUCUGGGAAACAAAUUCUUUCAAAAACAUG